UACGAGCCAGUGAAAGACGGCUUUUACAAUGAUUACAAAGGCCAGUAUCGCGACAACCUGGAGAUGGAGGAAGCGGAGCUCCAAGGUCUCAGGAACAACGUACCCGGUGAACCCGGCGUAGAUUAUCCCGCCUACAAGAGAUUACCGAGAACUUCGUUCAGCUGCUCCGGCAAAGACCGAGGUUAUUACGCCGACGAAGAAGCUGGCUGCCAAGUAUUCCACGUCUGUGAUUCAGGCCAUACUUCGUCGUUCUUGUGCCCAAUCGGUUCGCUGUUCAGUCAACGUUUGCUCACUUGCGAUUGGUGGACCAAGGUGCCCUGCUCCGAAACCAAGAAACAUUAUUUCAAACUGUUUCAAGAUUACGACUCGGAACUCGAAGAUCGUCAGAAAGUUCACCAAACUCUGAGUAAUCAUCAAGACAGUGAUUAUCAAGAUCAAGAUCGAGAACACAAUAAAGUCAUCUCCAUCGUAAGCAGGCAAGAAAACAACUUGAAUUAUGAAAAUAAGUACCAAACGAGAGGCUCGCUAAGGUCGAACGAGCCCGUGAUUGUACCUAUGACCGAUUCGCCGGUCAUUAGAAUUAAGACGAUAGACGAAGAUACGGAACUUAGAAGCAAACCGAAAGUCAGUGCCCAGAAUGCCAGAUAUAGAGUCCGAGGAUCUAAGUACACGACGCCGAAAACGACAAGAUACUACACGACCACCCCCUCUUACUACAAGACUUCAUCGGCUGAGUCGUAUAAAAAUCCGACCGAAUCCACGGUACAAAAUCUACCCUUGAGCUAUUCAACGGAAAAAUACGAAGAAAAUGUUCCCACUACUAAAUCGAAUGAAUACAAGGAAGAUAUGAUAGGUAAAGAGAGCAUUGGCUUGGUUAGCUCAGGAACCGAACGGAAAGUUGAAGAAGUCGAGCAAAAGUUGGAACUCGAAACGACAACCGCAGUUCCUACGACACUAGAAGCCGAUCAAGAAGCGGCUAAGUCGAGCACGGGUGAAAAUUUGAUUUAUGCAACGGAAACUCCAGCCGCAGAGACCACCACUGCCCAGUACGAGACCGAAGCCACGACCCUGCCGAACUUGGACGAGCGAUCGGUAGAAACGACUACGUCCUAUACGUUCCCCGACAACGAUGAUUAUUUCACGGGUGCAACGGAAAUUCCGAGCACGGACGAAAACUCCAGUUUUCGUAUCAACGUUCAAGAAUUUAAAACUACUUUACCUGCCGAGGUAGGUUCCACGGAAUCGCCACUGGCAAACGAAAACAAGGCCACAAACGCCAGCGAACAAGUUGCCGACUCUCACGUGGAAAGCAACGCUCCGCUCGCUGUCACACUGACAUUGAACGAUACGGAAAAGCAGCUGGAAAUUCAGACUCCGUUGGACAGUCAGUCGCUGAGCAAAUUCAUAAGUCAAAGAAUCGAGCAACCCGUUGACUCAUCCGAAAGCGAAGCCGUCAAACCCAAGCAGACCGAAGCCGAAAGCCCCGCUGUGACAACCCAACGAUCCUACUUGUUUACCAGAACCACUCCAAGCUCCAGAGCUUCCGAAUCGAUUUACAACAGGAAGGCGCCGAGUAGGGGACGCGUAAAUUACAGGGGUCGUCGACCGGUAAGCAGCAGCACGACGACCACGCAAGCUCCUCAGCAGUAUUACGCCGCUAAUAAUGAUUACGAGGAGGAAGAUGCCGCCGUUGCUUAUCAGAAAGCCAAUCAGAACUUCAACAGCAGGCGAGGACCCGUUCGAAACUACCAGAGCAACUACUCCGGCCAAAAGUACCGAACUCGUGGCGAACAACCGAGAUUCGCAUCGAACUACAACAGGGAGCCAGCGAGAGAUUACGAGAACAGAGAAGACGAUCGAGCGGAGUAUCAACCCAACAGGCAGCUGCCACAGCAGUACCUGGAAGAACCUGCAAAAGUCGAGCCACAGAGAUCCGUUGAGUUUCGCAGGAGACGACCUCAGCAAGUCCGCUCGAACGUACGACCCAAUUCGGAUAAUUAUCAAAACGUCGACUACCAGCAAAACGUAGAAUAUCAGCAAAGAGAAGUUCCGAAUUACUACGAAGAGAGGAAUAAUUAUGAAAAGUAUGGUUCUCGCGUUUCUCCGUCGAGAAAUCGCAAGGUGAACAAAUUCAGGGAAGUAACCGAGGCACCUCUCCUCCCUAUCGAACAAACGAAUCCUUACGAAAUCAACGCAGGAUUGCAAGAUAAACCGUCGAACGUUCUCUACGCCAUGAGCCAAGUAGCGAAUGGCGAUGCCUCCGUGCCGAGAACUCCGAGUGCCAAACAAAAUGCGAAGCAGCGCUACAGGUAUCAGGACAGCAGACAAAAUUAUUUCGACGAUCGGAACAUGCCGCUCAGAGAAUCGGACUUUGAGGCUCCGAUUUACAAUUACGAGGCCUUCGGACGCGAUGCUUCCGAGACGGACUCGUAUGCGCAACCCCCGAGCUACGGACUCAACGAUCCGCAGUACCAAAAUUUCGAGGCCCCGCCACCGGUAUCGCAGGCUCAAUUCAACUACUACGACACCGCGGCCCCGCAAAAACCAUCGAUGAUGUUGCACCGCGCCUACCAAGACAUCCCAGAGCCCGACUUCAACCUCUACAGAAUCAUGAAGUCGCGCUCGUAUCGUAAAAAAUUGGAACUCAUUCAAGAGCACAUGAACGUCGACCUCGACGAAGACGACGACGACGACGACAGUCCAGUGACGCCAAGUUCCUACUCGCCGGAGCGCAUCAACUCGUUGCGCUAUUCCAAUGCCGAGUCGACGUUGAAAAGUAACUCGACGGAAUCUCCGGCGAAAGCUACCUUCGAGACCGAAUUCAUACCUGCCUUGGGCUUCGAGAUUGGCAGCGAAAGAGGUAAACAAGAGUAUCUGGAAGCGGUUAAGAAGGGCCUCGUUGAAGACACACAGCCCUCUGAUCAAUACCUCAAGCCGCCAUCCGGCCUUGUUAUAAACGUAACCGAUGCUAACGACAAGGCGACUUACAAUGACGCCAAGGACUAUAACGAAGACUCUCAUCGUUUUGAUUACAGCGAAGAAGAUGCGUCCGAAACAAAAUAA